CUCCUGCGCGCACCGCUCCCGGCCCGGCUGCAGGGGCACAGCGGGGCCGAGCUCAUCCCGGGGCUGCGGCGGGGAGGAGCCAGCGCCGCACGGAGCCGAGCGCCGGGUCCCGCACCGCUCCCGCACCGCUCCAACCCCUUCCGGCUCCGGCACCGCUCCGGCCCCGCUCCGCCACCGCCCCGUCCCCGGAGCGGCCCCGCAGCGCCCGUUGCGCCGCCCCUGCCCUUCCCCGGGACCCGGCGUGGCGGCGGCAGGAAGGAGGAAGGAGGGAGAGCGACCUGCUCGGCGGUGGGGCUCUGCCAUCCCUCGCAGCACGAGCCACGAUGAACAAGAUGAAGAACUUCAAGCGGAGGUUUUCGCUCUCGGUUCCCCGCACAGAGACCAUCGAGGAGUCGCUGACGGAGUUCACGGAGCAGUUCAACCAGCUCAACAACCAGAGGAAUGAAGACCUGGCUCAAGGGCACCUGCAGCUGGGACACCUUGGCCGGGACUUCCGAGCAGACACCAGCCCCAUCUCCCCAUCCGAGGGGGAAGGCCAGACCCCGAUGGCCGUGCGCUACCGCAGCAGCACCCAGCGCCGCUUCUCCAUGGAGGAUGUCAGCAAGCGCCUCUCCCUGCCCAUGGACAUCCGCCUGCCCCCCGAGUUCCUGCAGAAGCUGCAGAUGGAGAGCCCGGAGUUCCCCAAGCCCCUCAGCAGGAUGUCCCGGCGGGCUUCCCUCUCAGAUAUUGGGUUUGGGAAGCUGGAAACCUAUGUUAAACUGGACAAACUGGGAGAGGGCACUUACGCCACUGUCUUCAAGGGGCGCAGCAAGCUGACCGAGAACCUCGUUGCCCUGAAGGAAAUCCGCUUGGAGCACGAGGAAGGGGCACCUUGCACGGCCAUACGGGAAGUGUCACUGCUGAAGAACCUGAAGCACGCCAACAUCGUCACCCUGCACGACAUCAUCCACACGGAGCGGUCCCUCACCCUCGUCUUCGAGUACCUGGACAACGACCUCAAGCAGUACCUCGAUAACUGCGGGAACCUGAUGAGCGUGCACAACGUGAAGAUCUUCAUGUUCCAGCUGCUGCGGGGUCUGGCUUAUUGUCAUGGGAGGAAGAUCCUGCACCGAGACCUCAAACCCCAGAACCUACUCAUCAACGAGAGAGGGGAGCUCAAGCUGGCUGACUUCGGACUAGCCAGAGCCAAGUCAGUCCCUACAAAAACCUAUUCCAACGAGGUGGUCACGCUGUGGUACCGGCCCCCCGAUGUCCUGCUGGGAUCUACCGAGUAUUCCACCCCCAUCGACAUGUGGGGCGUUGGGUGCAUCCACUACGAGAUGGUCACCGGGCGGCCCAUGUUCCCCGGCUCCACCGUGAAGGAGGAGCUGCACCUCAUCUUCAGGCUGCUGGGAACCCCGACGGAAGAGACCUGGCCCGGGAUAACGUCCAACGAGGAGUUCAAGGCGUACGGUUUCACACAGUACCGAGCGCAGCCGUUAAUAAAUCACGCCCCGAGGCUGGACUCGGAAGGCAUUGACUUGCUGAUGAACCUCCUUUUGUACAAAGCCAAGGGCCGGAUCUCGGCGGAGGCAGCCCUGCGGCACCCGUACUUCAAGAGCCUGGGGGAGCGGGUGCACCUCCUGCCCGACAAUGCCUCCAUCUUCUCCCUGAAGGAGAUCCAGCUUCAGAAGGACCCUGGCUACCGAGGCUCAGCCUUUCAGCAGUCAGCCCGAGGGAAGAACAGGAGGCAGAGUAUAUUUUAAACUUGGAUCUCGUGUUCCCCUCGUCACCAUGGAGAUCAGAGCACUGAGAAAGGAGACGGCAGCUCCCACCCGACCACCGCAGUUACUGACUCCAGCAGGACCAUGCUGAAGCGCCCUUGGCCUUAGGCUCUCCCCUGCCUGUCCCCACCACCACAGCCCCUAAUAGCUGCUGUUGAGGGACCUGUUGCCUUUCUCCCCUCUUGUUGUCAUGUUACCCCCAUCAGACGUGACCUGCACGUGAAGCACAAAACACAGGGCAGCCCUCCCUUA